AAAAAAGUAAUAAAUAAAAAAUAAAGGACAUUUCUUUUGUUUGAAGAAUUACUUCCUCUUUUUCUCUUUCCCUCUCAAAAAACCCUAAUUCAUCUCCCCUUUGCGUUCUGUCGCUCUCUGCAUCUCUCCGAUACUCAGAACCUCCUCGUGACUCGUGAGACAGGGCAGGUACAUAUAGAAGAGGGUAGUUAGCCGUGCGGAGUUGAUGGCCGGUGGUUCAGAUGUGGCUGAAGCAUCUUCUUUGUCAUGUCUUCAGUGUGGCAAGCCUGCCAAUCUUCAAUGUCCUAAAUGCAUGGAGUUGAAGCUUCCUCGUGAUGGUGCUUCUUUUUGCACUCAAGAUUGUUUCAAAGCUUCUUGGAGCUCUCAUAAAUCAGUGCAUUUGAAAGCAAAGCUAUCCUCGUUAGGGGCUGGUGCAACUGGUGAUCAAAAGUCUGAUGCAGCUACUGAAGGUUGGCAAUAUUGCAUAAAGAAAGGACAAGCUCGAACUCCAAAACUUCCUUAUUUUGAUUGGACAGGGUCUCUAAGGCCAUAUCCUAUAUCUAGUAAGAGAACUGUACCUGCUCAUAUUGAUAAACCUGAUUGGGCAAAUGAUGGAAUUCCGAAAAUUGAGCCUAACAGUGAUCUGCAGCAUGUGGUUGAGAUCAAAACUCCAGAUCAAAUUAAGAGAAUGCGAGAAACAUGUCGAAUUGGAAGGGAGGUUUUGGAUGCAGCUGCCCGAAUAAUACAACCUGGUAUCACCACUGAUGAAAUUGACAGAGUGGUCCACGAUGCAACUAUUGCUGCUGGAGGGUAUCCAUCUCCGCUCAACUAUCAUUUCUUCCCAAAGUCUUGCUGCACGUCUGUUAAUGAAGUAAUUUGCCACGGGAUUCCUGAUGCCAGGAAAUUGGAGGAUGGUGAUAUUGUUAAUGUGGAUGUGACAGUGUACUAUAAUGGGGUUCACGGUGAUCUAAAUGAAACCUUCUUUGUGGGAAAUGUUGAUGAGGAGUCUAGAAAACUAGUCCAGGUCACAUAUGAGUGCUUGGAAAAAGCGAUAUCUAUUGUUAAACCUGGAAUGAGGUUUCGUGAAAUAGGUGAAGUCGUUAAUCGCCAUGCUUCUAUGUCAGGGCUCUCUGUGGUGAAGUCAUAUUGUGGUCAUGGCAUUGGAGAACUCUUUCAUUGUGCGCCAAAUAUUCCUCAUUAUGCUAGAAAUAAAGCGGUUGGUGUUAUGAAGGCUGGACAGACAUUUACAAUUGAACCUAUGAUCAAUGCAGGAGUUUGGCGUGAUCGGAUGUGGCCUGAUGGGUGGACUGCAGUUACAGCUGAUGGUAAACGCAGCGCUCAAUUUGAACACACUCUUUUGGUUACCGAGACGGGAGUCGAAGUUCUCACAGCACGGUUGCCUUCGUCCCCAAAUGUGUACCCUUGGCUGAAUGCGUAGUUGCUGCUUCUUUAGUUUUUGGUGAAUACUGAAUAUAGGCAGGCAUGGUAAGAGAAGCUAGGGACCUGACCGAACCCAUUGGGAGUAGUGACACAGCAACAAUAACCAGAUAAAAUCUUCCUCUCGUGACCAUUGCCUGCCAUGGUGGGUGAUAAUGUUAUUGUAACCUAUUAGACAAGCAUUCUUCAAUUUUGGUUUUGAGAUGAAAAUGUGAUCGAGACUUGAUAAAUUUCAUUAUUUUUGAAAGAAUAAUGUUCCUGUGGUUUUGUCAAAUAAAGUAAACGAUUUAAUGGGCGACUGUAUAACUCUUAUCAUUACACGUUUCAGCGAUUGAUACAUGAGAACAAUUUUUAUAGUAUUAUGAGCAAUGCCAAUUUAGUGUUUAUUAUUAGAAAA